UUUUAUUAUUUUUAUUUUUUUUUUGUAAUUUAAUAAAAAUUCCUGGUGUGUGCCCGAAGUUUGAUUACGAGAGUGCCGAGUGGUUUUUCCUGUUAUUGGAAAACAUUGAAAAUUGAUGAGUGAGAGAGGCAGGAGAAAGGCACGGAGAGAGUGAGAGAAAGAGAGAGAGGACUAAGUGGCCUGAUGUCCCCGAGACCCAUGUCCGUGUGUCCCUGUAUCCGCAUGUCCUGGCCAUGAAUUGUACGACAAAAUCAACCAAUUAGGGGUUGUCCUUGUCUGUGUUUUUGUUUGUUUGCUUAUGAAUAUCCUGAAAUGGAUAUCACCUGAUAUUAAACAAAAGGCCAGCCCAACACCAAAACAUGACCUAAUUUUAGCCAGCAUCUUGGCCAAGUCAGGACAUGAACCAACCAAGCCAAGACAAAAUCCCCCGGAAAACCUUAACAUUCACCCCUAAAACGACACAAGGCACUUGCCUGGCUUCCUGCUUCCGCAUUCUAAUUAGAUUUCAAUCAUUUGUCCAGCAAUUUGAUUGCCAGCAUUGCCUCAUCCGACCUCUACCACCUCUUUCAGCGCCCCCCAUCCCAGCAACCCGCCGCUCGCCGCGCCACGCCACGCCUCCCCCGCCCACCAUGGAGCAGCUGUGCUACCUGGCGCUGAGCGUCCUCCUGGCCAUCGUAGUGCUAUAUGGACUCCUGGAGCUGCACUACUUCCUGCGCAUGUGCCUCUGUGUGCUGCUAGCCCGCUUUGUGAAGCGACGGUGCCACAUCCUGGACGCCACCACGGUUAAUGGAUUGUGUCUCACCAAUGAUGUGGACACUUUGUUGUAUCACAUGAACAAUGCCAGAUACUUCCGGGAACUGGACUUUGCCCGUGUGGACUUUUACGAGCGGACGAGUCUGUACCGCACCAUCACGGGAAUGGGCGGUUCCGUAUUCCAGGGGGCGGCCACCAUACGCUACCGUCGCUUUAUCCGACCUUUCCAUCGGUUUAACAUUGUGUCCCGAAUCAUAUAUUGGGAUGACCAAUCGCUCUUCAUGGAGCACCGUUUUGUGCGUCCUUCGGACAAGUUCGUCCACUGCAUCGCCAUUUGCCGGCAGCGUGUGAUCGACGUCUCCAUGGAGGCGGUAAUGGCGGAGCUGCUGCCGCGCACCUCCUCCAACGGCUUCCGGGCCACGGCCCGGAUCCCGCCCUCGCACACAUUAACGCCCCCGGCCGCGGGCGGAAUCAGCAAUCCGGCAAUGGACACUUCCCUGGCGGAGAACGGACACGCUACGCCGACAGCGACGGCAACCGAAGCAGCAACGCCUACAGCGACGCCAGGAGCAACGGCAGCGCCAGCGCACUGCGCCAAGCUGAAGCCCUCGAUGCCCCCGGAGUUGUCCAAAUGGAUCGAAUAUAAUGACAUGUCCAGUAAAAAUCUACGAAGCGGCUGCUGACGGGCGCCGGAAACCGGAAAACGGGCCACCGGAAAUGGAGAUGCCAUUUUCAAAUAUCUCCCAUUUUUUUGUUGUUGUUUUUUUUUUUAUAAAUGUACGUCUAAUGUGUGUG